AUGACAGGAGUGUUUGACAGGAGGGUCCCCAGCAUCCGAUCCGGCGACUUCCAAGCCCCGUUCCAGACGUCCGCAGGCAUGCACCAUCCGUCUCAGGAAUCGCCAACUUUGCCCGAGUCGUCGGCUACCGAUUCCGACUACUACAGCCCCGCGGGGGGAGCCCCGCAUGGGUACUGCUCUCCUACCUCGGCUUCCUACGGCAAAGCGCUCAACCCCUACCAGUACCAGUACCACGGCGUGAACGGCGCCGCGGGCAGCUACCCCGCCAAAGCUUACGCCGACUACAGCUACGCCAGCCCCUACCACCAGUACGGCGGCGCCUACAACCGCGUCCCGAGCGCCACCAGCCAGCCAGAGAAAGAAGUGGCCGAGCCCGAGGUGAGGAUGGUGAACGGCAAACCAAAGAAAGUUCGUAAACCCAGGACUAUUUAUUCCAGCUUUCAGCUGGCCGCGUUACAGAGAAGGUUUCAGAAGACUCAGUACCUCGCCCUGCCCGAACGCGCCGAGCUGGCCGCCUCCCUGGGACUGACGCAAACACAGGUGAAAAUCUGGUUUCAGAACAAAAGAUCCAAGAUCAAGAAGAUCAUGAAAAACGGGGAGAUGCCCCCGGAGCACAGCCCCAGCUCCAGCGACCCUAUGGCGUGUAACUCGCCUCAGUCUCCGGCGGUGUGGGAGCCCCAGGGCUCGUCCCGCUCGCUCAGCCACCACCCUCAUGCCCACCCUCCGACCUCCAACCAGUCCCCCGCGUCCAGCUACCUGGAGAACUCGGCUUCCUGGUACCCGAGCGCGGCCAGCUCAAUCAAUUCCCACCUGCCGCCGCCCGGCUCCUUACAGCACCCGCUGGCGCUGGCCUCCGGGACACUCUAUUAG